AUGGCGGCGAACGACGGGCCCAAGCUGCUCUGGAAUCCAGACAACGUCCGAGAUGUGGCCGAUUCAAUAGGAAUAUCGCUCGCCGAUGAGCCGCUGCGCGUGCUCGCCCAGGAUGUUGAAUAUCGAAUCGGGCAGGUCAUCGUCGAGUCUCUCCGGUUCAUGCGCGCCGCCAACCGCACCACAUUGACCGUGCAGGACGUCUCACAGGCGCUCAAAGUGCUCGAUGUUGAACCGCUGUAUGGGUACGAAUCGACCCGGCCACUGCGGUACGGCGAAGCGAGUCUUGGCCCUGGUCAGCCGCUCUUCUACAUCGACGACGAAGAAGUCGAUUUUGAGAAGGUCAUCAACGCCCCGCUGCCGAAGGUGCCGCGAGACAUGAGCUUCACUGCUCAUUGGCUUGCCGUCGAGGGUGUCCAACCAUCUAUCCCCCAAAACCCAACAACUGCCGAGACCUCGUCCAAAGACCUCUUGCCCAAGGGGCCCGGCGCGAACCCAGCCCUUGGCAGCCCUCGCGGGCAACGACAACGUCUCGUUCCGGCCGUCGGUCAAACACGUCAUCAGCAAAGAACUGAUACUGAAAAGACAAGGCUCCGCGAGGCGGCCCUCGAAUCUGUCCGCUCCGAUCCCGGCCUGCACCAGCUCCUCCCGUACUUUGUCAACUUCAUCACCAAUCAAGUCACCCACCACCUCGAUGACCUGUUCGUGCUACGCCAGAUGAUGGAGCUCGCCGAGGCGGUCAUCCAAAACCCCAACCUCUUCCUCGACCCGUACGCUAGCGCGCUCUCGGCGCCCGUGCUCACGUGCCUCAUGUCGCGCAAGCUGGGCGGGGCGGCCGCCGACGAGGGAUCCGACACGUUGCGGGAGCAGUACGGCCUGCGCGAGCUGGCGGCGGGCCUGCUGGAGAUGGUGGCGCGCAAGUACGGCGCGACCAACGCGCUGCUGCGGCCCAAGCUGACGCGCACCUGCCUCAAGCACUUCCUCGACCCGACGCGCCCGCUCGCCGUGCUGUUCGGCGCCAUCCGGGGCGUCGCCGCGUCCGGCGGGCCCGAGGCCGUCCGCGUCCUGGUCCUGCCUAACCUCAAGAGCUUCGACGGCGCCGUGCUGCAGCCCCUGCACGACAAGGGCGAGCCCCACGCCAUGGAGCUGGAGAUGCUCGUCGGCGGCAUCAUGAAGGCUGUUGAGGCCCUCGUCGGCGGGUCCGGCAUCCCCGUCGCUAACGGGGUCGCUGAUGUGGAUCUGUCGAGGGAGGGCGAGCAGGUUGUCGAGUUCUUGGGGCCGAUCGUCGGGCAAAGGGUUGCGCGGCUGGGGAACCAUGCGCUCAAUAGGGCCAUUCUGGAAGUCCGGCAUUUGGAGUAG